AUGAUGGCGUCAAAUAAUUUCUCCGCGCAACAAGAUUCCCGCCAAUCUUCGGAGACGCCAUCUUUCGGUCAGGUUGAGGGGUCCCCGUUUCAUCGACGACCUGCCCAACGACAAUCUGAGGGCUCGGGAUUUGAAGUUGAUUCGACUACCAACAUUCCGAAACAAGGCAAUAUCUGGGCCCCCAUCGAUAACUUCAAGACUUCAUUCUUAAAUUCACUGGGACAUCGCCUCGUUCAACUCCUCGAAAAGGGCGAUCUCAAGAUCAACCCCAAUGCCAUCAUUUGGAUAGAUGAAAAUGGGCUGCCGACAACGGAGGGAUUAAAAUCUCGAAGCCGCAAAGACUUGGAGAAACCAAGCCCCCAUUUCUUCGCUGGCGAAAAUGCCGAUGCCGCAGGUUUCGAGAACGAGAUCCGCAUGGGGCAUGCCCUUUGGCGUCAACAUGCCUCGGCAAAGGAGCACAAUCCAGAGAGGGAGGCCACUACAUCUUCCCUUUUCGAUCUCAUCUUCGAAAAGCUGGAAUCUAUGCCUCUCAUUACUCACAUCAUCUGGAAGAAUUUACAUCGGGAACUCAAGAUAACUUCGACGUUAGGCAGGCCGGUAUCAGAUCGAGUAACAGCCAGCCGCGUGGAAGAAGCAAUCGCCCGUGAGAAGAGUGAUUUCGAGAAUCUUGAGCUCUUGAAAAAGGCAUUUACAAAUGUAGAUUCCUUGUUAGAAUCGAAUUUGUCGAUCCUUUGCGAAUCUAUCUAUUCGCUCACGGGAGUAGAUCCCUGGGAUCCAGACAGGGACGCGGCCCUUGAUCUCCUCGACGACGAAUUAGCAAGCAACGUUUCCGAUGUCAUGGGGUUGGCCGCGUUACUGCAACUAGGCAAAGCACCUCAUUUUCGGCUUACUAAAGGGAUUGAGAGAUUGUCCAGAGUCGCAAGUGUGCUCCGCGCGAGAGAAAUGGGGCCACUGAUGAGUGAUCAUCUUGAGAUGAGGGGAUACCCCGUGGGCAUUGAUCUCGAAAAACUGGUGUCUCGAGGUCGUAAGCGUCGUCUAGAUUCGGAGUAA